AUGUGUACAGAAGAUGCUGCUGUUGCUGCAGAAGUUUGCGCAAUCAUGGCGAAGGAAACAGAUCAUAAAUCACAGUACGACGGCCUCCUAGUUGUGAUGGAGAGGAUUUUCCCUGCUCGAGUUAGCAGUGAAUUGGACGUCAUUCCACUUGUAACACUUAUGAAGACAGUAAUUGCUCUUGAAACGGGCAGUCAAGUUGUGUCGAGGCAACUUAUCACUGCUAUCGCGCAGCGGGUGGAAUUAUGUCAGCAGGACGAGUCCUCUAUUCGCAUAUUAGCCGACUCUAUUUUAGCAGUACUCGAUACGACAAGCCUUGCAUUUGAAGAGCAGAAAUGUGCCAUUCGUGCGCGACUAGCUAGCCUACAUGAGGAAGCCGGUCGUUACGUAGAAGCAGCUGAAACUUUGAAAAAGAUUUCCACGGACAGUGCACAGCGGCCGUGCUCUCCUGCUCAAAAGAUGGCCCUGUACCUGCGCAUUGGUCGUUUGCUCCUAGAUAGUGGUGACUAUGCCGAAGCAGAGCAAUACGUGAAUCGAGCCAGCUUGUUACAAACUGAAAAGGAUUGUGACUCUUAUAAUGUGGAAUAUAAGGCGAUUUAUGCCAGAGUGCUUGACGGUCGUCGAAAAUUCACGGAUGCAGCUCAGCGUUAUCACGAGCUAUCCCUUGUAGUUGGUUUGCCUGAGAGCGAUCAGAAAACGGCACUUUCUCGCUCGAUAACGUGUACAAUUCUUGCUGCACCAGGCACUGCUCGCUCUCGGAUGCUGAACACUUUAUUCAAGGAUCCACGAGCAGCUGAGCUGCCAUCGUUCGCACUGUUGGAAAAGCUGUACUUGGAUAGAUUAAUAAAAGCAGCAGAGCUAGUGGAGUUUGAGCGGGAGCUACAACCACAUCAGCGAACGAAUGAGCAUGGCCAGUCAAUCGUCGAAGGGGUCAUCGUGGAGCACAAUAUGACGGCUGUCUCGAGACUGUACAAUAAUAUCGCGCUAUCCACGCUUGCUGAGUUGUUGGGAAUCUCUGCAGAAAAG